GAGAGAGAGAGAGAGACACCAACUGCCAUACCCUGAGGGUCUGCGGAGGAGUAGCAGGCAUCCUGAAAAAAGAAUUAAGCAAUACAGAGUGGUGUUGCAGAGGCAGAGGAGGGGGAAGGAGAGGGCGGUUCAGCAGUGCGUCAGGUACCUUUCUGAAGAGGGUGUGGCCAGCCGGCUUCCAGAGGAAGAAGACACACUUCCAAACUGCUGAGCUGAAGAAAUGACAAACACCCCUGGACCUAAUUUCAAUGGAGUGACAACAACAACAGCACAGCCAGAGAGCCAGAAUCCAGUUCAAUUGAAUGGAGUCAUACAGCAAUAUAAUGCCUUCAAUCCAUCUGCCCAGCACCAGUCACCAGUUCAGCAUCCCAAUAGCAGCUGCACUCCCAGUCCUCCAGCCUCCCAACCUGCACGGGAAAAGUGGGCAGGGAAAUAUGAGUUUUUGCUUUCCUGUAUUGGAUAUUGUGUUGGACUUGGAAAUGUAUGGAGGUUCCCUUAUCUCUGCUACCGUAAUGGUGGAGGCGUCUUCUUGAUCCCUUAUACUAUUAUGCUGCUGUUCACCGGGCUGCCUCUCUUUCUUAUGGAGCUCAGCCUUGGACAGUAUGGAUCUGCUGGCCCCAUCAUGGUGUGGAAGUGCUGUCCUCUCCUGAAAGGUAUUGGCAUUGGGAUGCUGCUGGUUUCCACUUUUGUCUGCCUCUACUACAAUGUCAUUAUUGCCUGGACUUUCUAUUACCUUGGCAUGUCCUUUCAGAACCCUCUGCCCUGGUCGUGUCAGGCCAUUGCAAAUGCUGGCCUCUGUAAGCCCAAUGGAACAAACGCAUCUCUCCUGAGUGCCAGUGAAAUCUUUUGGAACACUCGUGUUCUGGGUGUAGUCAAGAGCAAAGGCCUAAGUGACCCUGGACCAGUGAAAUGGGAGUUGGCCAUUUGUCUACUAGUAGCCUGGAUUGUAAUCUACCUUUGUAUGCUAAAGGGCAUUCGCAGCUCAGGCAAGGUCGUCUAUGUGACAGCCACCUUUCCCUACUUUGUGUUAUUUGUGCUGAUUAUUCGAGGUGCUACAUUACACGGAUCCUUGCAGGGGGUCAAAUUCUACUUGACUCCUGACUGGAAGCGUCUUCUGAGUGCACAGGUGUGGAAUGAUGCAGCAUCCCAAAUCUUCUACUCACUUGGCAUUGGCUUCGGUGGGCUUCUGUCAAUGGCGUCCUAUAAUAAAUUUGACAACAACGUAAUCAGGGAUACUCUAGUUAUUGCCAUUGGAAACUGCUGCACCAGUUUUUUUGCUGGAUUUGCCAUUUUCUCUAUUCUGGGACACAUGGCCUGGAAGAAGAACGUCCCAGUUGGAAAAGUAGCUGACACAGGUCCUGGACUGGCAUUUGUGGCCUACCCAGAAGCCCUGGCUCUCCUUCCUGGUUCCGUUUUUUGGUCCAUUUUGUUUUUCUUGAUGCUCUUCAUGCUUGGAGUGGAUACGCUGUUUGGGAAUAUGGAGGCAAUCACGACCGCAGUCCUGGACGAGUUCCCAGUGUUGCGGGGAAACUUCAAAAAGAAAUGUCUCUUCUUGGCCUUACUCUGCUUUGGCUUUUACCUCAUGGGAUUGCUGCUCAUCACAGAUGGAGGAAUCUACUGGUUCACGCUGAUCGACUUCUACAGCACCAGCUUCGGCCUAAUCAUCAUCGCCCUCUUCAUGUGCAUUGGCAUGACCUUCUUCUAUGGUGUAAACCAGUUCUGCCAGGACAUUGUUGAUAUGGUCUGCAGGUGCCCACCGUGGUGCACUAAACUGCUGAUGUACUUCAAAGCGUGUUGGGUUUUCUUCACUCCUGUACUUUUACUGUUCAUCCUAAGCUACAUUUUUGUCGAUUUGUACAACACGCCUCUGCGCUACGGCUCCUACAUCUACCCUCGCUGGGGAAGGGCACUGGGCGUGUGCAUGGGCACCUUGUGCUGCAUUCAGAUUCCAUUCUGGGGCACCAUGGCUAUCUGGAGAGAGUCUGGAACGCUGAAGGACAGAUUCCAGAAGGCUAUCCAGCCACUGAAUUCAUGGCGUGCAGCCAGCAGACAACAUGAAGCUCCUCCAGAAAUGGUCGAUGUCCCAUACUCGGUGAACCUCACCGAUGCCGACUUCACUACUCAAGAGUGGGAAAGCAACGCUAGUGAGGCUUGACACUCACGCUGGGCUGCUUCUCUUUUUUAUUUGACCAACAAUGGACAACAGCUGCUUCCGUGUAAAGAAGGAAUGGCAAAUGGAAACAAGGGUGCAGGGACCUUGUGCCCCAUGAAGUCCCAGUUUUGACUACAUCUCCUUGUAUCUCCUCGUGGUUUAUCACCACUCAUGAUUUAUUUGUCUUACUCCAUUUCAAACACUCCACAAGAGAUGAAUUUUAGAACCAAUUUUCUUUCACUCCUUCUUUGCUGCAAAAAAACAAAACCCAGGUAUGAA